AUGUCAACCACAGAUGAUUCUUGGGCGUUCCAAGACACGUCUACGGAAUGCGCCAUUUGUUUGGAGCCCCUGGACGACAGUGACUAUGAUACUACAACUGAAACGACAACCAUUAUUAAAACAAAUAAUAGCAAGAUGAGUGCUACCAUUCGACUGGUCUGCGGUCAUCGUUGGCAUUUGCAAUGCUUGAGAGAACAGUUGGAAUUGGCUCGACCCACCUUUGCCAAACGGCUCUUGUUUUCCGGUUGUCGAUGUGCCAAAUGUGGGACGGUUUGUGAGCAUGAAGCCUUGGAAGAUUACACACGAACCACCGAUAGGUUGCGUCACAAAGUCCAUGGGUUGUUGGUGGAGCAACUGAACAAUGAUGCGGCAUCCUUAAGUUAUAGCGACAACGAUAACAGCAACAAGGCGAAACUUUCCAACGGAAACAAUGAAACAAAUCAAUCGCUAUUGCUCGCUUGGAAAAAAGUACAGACCAGCAAAGAUCCCAAGACCAAAGAACAAGUCUUGCGAGAGGCCCUAAAAAAGUACGCAUUUUACUUGUGCUCUCACUGCAAAGAGCCAUACUUUGGAGGGACUGUGGAAUGUUCGGAUGAAAUGGUGGAAGAGGAAUCCUCGUCCGAUACGGAACCACGGUUGUGCAUGGCCUGUACUCCCCAAAUAGUUUGCCACAACCCUUUGGAACAUUUGGGAUCCAUUGUGUGGAAAUGCCGGUACUGCUGUCAACCCGCGACUCAUGUAUGCUAUGGCAAUGUUCACUUUUGCAAUUGUUGCCACGAUCGCAAUACGCAACGAGUUCAGCAGAUCCAAGUAUGGAAACAAGAGGAACGAUUGUCAAGGCGGAUGGGCAACAGCAAAGGAGCAAAGAUGGAACCGCCACCACCAUUGGAACCGAUUCCUUGUCCCGGCAAAGACUGUACUUUUCCCAAACCAUCAUUGUCCUCUUCCAGCACCGGCAAUGAUGACAACAACAAUCCGGCAGUGGGAAUAUCCAACGUAUCCACUUCAUCCUCCAUGGCCGAGUUUCAUUCCAAUGGCUCGUCUGCAGAUUGCGAACAAGUCUACACCUGCCUCAUUUGUCAGUCGUCUGGCCAGGAACAACCAACACGAGACGCCCCUGGAUCCGACAACUUGCUCACAAAUACAAGUGGACAAUUGGGAUUGCGAGGAUGGAAACAACUCAAUCCACGCUGCUCUUGGCAAGUGGAACCCUCUGACUGGCCUCUGAAUGCAGAAACCACUACCAAUUUUGUCAGUUCCUUUGCUCCGUGUCUCAUGAGUCAGCUGGUAGAUUUGAGACGACUGGCGGCAGCUCUACUACUAUCCGACCAUGAGACGGAACCACCCUUAUUUCGGACCCAUGAUUUUGCCGUGGAAGUAUCGGCCCGUUACCAAGCACGGACCGAUUGCCCGUCACUCUUUCGGCUCGAAGCGAUUGCCAUGGACCAAAACCAGCAACCGUUGCAACGGUUGCGAACGGAAGCGUUGGAUGCACCACCAGAUCAUUGGGGCAGGGCGGAAUUGGUCUUGGAACAUCUUUCCUUGGAACAAGUGCACUAUGUGGCCAUUGUCAUUCUUGGAAAAGACAAGCGAUUUUGGGAAGGAAAUUAUGGAUCUAAAGUAGCCGGCUGCUUCAUUCGCAUCCUGUGGGACCGGGACAAUAUUAAUCGAAACGAAGCUUUACCAAGAAACAGACAUAGAGCCAAUGCUACUAUUCGCGGUAUCCAGCAACAAAGACAACCUAGAGACCAGCAAGACAACGAGGUACGACCACGACAAGAACAGCAGAAAAACUGGCUUUUGUUUGACCUAAUCCUUCCGGUAUUAUGUUUUGCUGUCUUGGCUUGGUUGGCGAAGUGA